AUAUGAAAAUCUCCUACGAGAUCAUCCCAAUAUUGACGUGCCCGACGAACUGGUGUGUGGCUGAAGGAUAGGAUAUCUUAACGCAAUACGCUUGUAGCCUUAUCCGAACAUUGCAUCUUCAAGUGUAGGUCUAUAUACAGCUACAUCUACCUUUCGAAAUAAACAGUCAAUGCAAAGAUACCACACACUGUGACAAGAAUGCCAAUCAAGUCUCCAUUUCCAGACUUUGAUAUUCCACCAAGUCCACUUGGAAAUUACAUGCUCACUCAGAUGAAGAAAUAUGGCGACAGAAUUGCAACGGUAAAUCUCUGUGAUGGAUCAUCGGCCACUUACAGUCAAUUAUACGCGAGAUCCAAAUCGUGUGCAAGCGCACUUCGUAAGCAGGGACUGCGUAAAGGUGACGUCAUCAGCAUACUAUCCUUGAACACUGUGAACUAUCCAGCCAUAAUGAUUGGAGCUUUUUUAUGCGGAGGGACGAUUGCUCCGUGUAACCCUUGGUACACAAAGGAUGAAAUUCUGCAGCAAUACAGAAUAUAUAAUCCCAAGAUGGUUUUUGUAGCUGAUACUGCUGUUGAUAAAAUAAAGGAAAUCAAAAAUGAUAUACCGAGCAUAGAGAAAAUUUUUGUAAUCGGACAAAAAAUGGAUGAUUUUGUGUCGCUUUCUGAGAUGAUUAAAAAUACUGAUGACGAUAAUUUUGAUGAUGUUGAUAUCAACACCAUGGAAGAUAUUUCUAUUCUCGCAUCGUCAAGCGGAACAACAGGACCACCAAAAUGCGUGAUGCACACCUAUCGCAGUCUAAUGACAGCGACAUUUUUUAGAAAACUGCGAGGAAUAGAUUUGGAGGGCAAAACAUAUUAUCACGAUCGUCCUAUUUUUCAUACUGUUGGGUAUACAUUUACACUAGGACUUCUUCACUAUGGUGCAAAAAUCAUAUUUGAUCAAACAUUUGAUGCAGUUCGAAUGCUGAAAGCUGUCGAAACGUAUAAGGUCGAUCAUUCUUUUAUCUCUCCAUCUGCUAUGCUGAUACUCGCGCAAACACAUUCUUCCCAUAAUUAUGACAUUUCUUCACUAAAAACUGCUGUUUUUGGUGGUGCGUCUGUUGCCCCAUCUGUACUCUGCUCUGUGAAAGAAAAAUACGGGAUCAAAGUAUACGCAAGUUACGGCUUGACUGAAUGUACGCCUGUUGCGAUAAACUACGACCUUGACAAUUUCAUUGAGUCAAACGGGUGUCUCAGUCCCAACACUGUUAUUAAGAUCGUGGAUUUGCAAUCAGGAGAAGAGAAACAAUGUAAACAAUCCGGUGAAAUACUGGUGAAAGGUCCACACAUGAUGAAAGGAUAUCUGAAUAAUCCGGAGGCAACAAGAAAUGCCAUAACUGAUGAUGGUUUUCUUCGUACUGGAGAUAUUGGAUAUUGCGACGAAAAUGGAAUGCUGUAUGUUGUGGGUCGAAUUAAAGAAGUUAUCAAAUAUAAAGGCCUUCAGGUUCCGCCAGUUGAAAUAGAAUCAGUUCUUCUAACCCAUGAAAAGAUUGCAGAUGCCGGUGUGAUCGGAUUACCUGAUAAAGAAUGUGGAGAAAUUCCUAAAGCUUUUAUUGUGAAAAACGAUGAAUCCCUUACUGAAGACGAGGUCGUGAAAUUCGUAGCAAGUAAACUGACAUAUUACAAGCAUCUUCGAGGAGGCGUGGAAUUUAUUGUAGCAAUACCAAAAUCCACGUUCGGAAAAAUACAACGCAACGAACUGAAAAAACUAGCAAAACUCAUUCCUUAGAAUAAUUGUAACUGAAUAUUUAAAUAUUGUGCGAGCCAAACACUUUACAAACGAAUGUUAAAACUCUAACAAAUUUAAAGAAUUCAAUAAGAAUUUUAGAAUAAUUUAACGAAUAAAAUUUAUAGUCAAAUCGGA